AUGGAUUUGACGUCAGGGAGAGCCUGGAGGGGACCCCGCAACGAUCUGAACAACGCGUGGACAUUUGACAGGCCAGGCCCCUCCCUCUGGUACUCCCUUUCCCCAAGGGAUGAUCAGCAUGAGGCUCCUGCCUACCCGUGGACCUGCCUGUUUGACGCGACCCGACUUGCGCCGCCGGAGCUGCCCCUCCUUCCUGCCUUACCUGAGCUAAAGCAGCUCCUUCCUUGUAAGUUGCGACGGUUGUCUUGCUCCUGCCAAGCUUUGUAG